AAGGCUGUAGACGCUGUGAAGCAGGAGGCACUUGGGAUCGUACGCAGGAUUGGGACUGCUACAGAGGCCGCCACGGAGCCCGCCGGAGCCACCGUUCCUACUGCUGCUGCCGCCGCUGCCCGAAUCGGAACCGUCGGGCCGCAGCCGCCGGCAAUGCCGCGAAGGAAGAGGAAUGCAGGCAGUAGUUCAGAUGGAACCGAAGAUUCCGAUUUUUCUACAGAUCUCGAGCACACAGACAGUUCAGAGAGUGACGGCACAUCCCGGCGAUCUGCCCGAGUCACCCGCUCCUCAGCCCGACUAAGCCAGAGUUCCCAAGAUUCCAGUCCUGUUCGAAAUUUGCAGUCUUUUGGCACUGAGGAGCCUGCUUAUUCUACCAGGAGAGUGACCCGUAGUCAGCAGCAGCCUACCCCAGUGACUCCGAAAAAAUACCCUCUUCGGCAGACUCGUUCAUCUGGCUCAGAAACUGAGCAGGUGGUUGACUUUUCAGAUAGAGAAACUAAAAAUACCGCUGAUCACGAUGAGUCUCCACCUCGAACGCCAACUGGAAAUGCCCCUUCUUCCGAGUCUGAUAUAGACAUCUCCAGCCCCAACGUUUCUCACGAUGAGAGCAUUGCCAAGGACAUGUCCUUGAAGGACUCAGGCAGUGAUCUCUCUCAUCGCCCCAAGCGCCGCCGCUUCCAUGAAAGCUACAAUUUCAAUAUGAAGUGUCCUACACCAGGCUGUAACUCCCUAGGACACCUUACAGGAAAACACGAGAGACAUUUCUCUAUAUCAGGAUGCCCUCUCUAUCAUAAUCUCUCAGCUGAUGAAUGCAAGGUGAGAGCACAGAGCCGGGAUAAGCAGAUAGAAGAAAGGAUGCUGUCCCACAGGCAAGAUGACAACAACAGGCAUGCAACCAGGCACCAGGCACCAACAGAGAGGCAGUUGCGAUAUAAGGAAAAGGUUGCUGAACUCAGGAAGAAAAGAAAUUCUGGGCUGAGCAAAGAACAGAAAGAGAAAUAUAUGGAACACAGGCAGACCUAUGGGAACACUCGGGAACCUCUUUUGGAAAACCUGACUAGCGAGUAUGACUUGGACCUUUUCCGAAGAGCACAAGCCCGGGCUUCAGAGGAUCUGGAGAAGUUAAGGCUGCAAGGCCAAAUCACAGAGGGGAGCAACAUGAUUAAAACAAUUGCUUUUGGUCGCUAUGAGCUUGAUACGUGGUACCAUUCUCCCUAUCCUGAGGAAUAUGCACGACUGGGACGUCUUUACAUGUGUGAAUUCUGUUUAAAAUACAUGAAGAGCCAAACAAUACUCCGCCGACACAUGGCUAAGUGUGUGUGGAAACACCCACCCGGAGAUGAGAUAUAUCGCAAAGGUUCAAUCUCUGUGUUUGAAGUGGAUGGCAAGAAAAACAAGAAGAUAGAACUCUUCUAUUGGCCAAAAUACACAAUUUCUGCUUCAUUAACAAUAAUGAUCUACUGCCAAAACCUGUGCCUGUUGGCCAAGCUUUUUCUGGACCACAAGACAUUAUAUUAUGAUGUGGAACCCUUCCUGUUCUAUGUUAUGACAGAAGCAGACAACACUGGUUGUCACCUGAUUGGAUAUUUUUCCAAGGAAAAGAAUUCAUUCCUCAACUACAAUGUAUCCUGUAUCCUUACCAUGCCUCAGUACAUGAGACAGGGCUAUGGCAAGAUGCUCAUUGAUUUCAGUUAUUUGCUUUCCAAAGUGGAAGAAAAAGUUGGCUCCCCAGAGCGUCCACUCUCAGAUCUGGGGCUCAUAAGCUACCGCAGUUACUGGAAAGAAGUGCUUCUUCGUUACCUGCAUAAUUUCCAAGGCAAAGAGAUUUCUAUCAAAGAAAUUAGCCAGGAGACAGCUGUGAAUCCUGUGGACAUUGUCAGCACUCUGCAAGCCCUUCAGAUGCUCAAAUAUUGGAAAGGAAAACACCUAGUUUUGAAGAGACAGGACCUGAUUGAUGAGUGGAUAGCCAAAGAGGCCAAAAGAUCCAACUCCAAUAAAACCAUGGAUCCAAGCUGUUUAAAAUGGACCCCUCCCAAGGGCACUUAAAGUGACCGGUUACUCCGAGCCAGCGAACCCCAGCAGUAGGAAUCCGUACCCUAGGGAUCUGUCUGUCAUUUCUGUUGCUCUUGUGAUUGGCAAGUACAGUAUCCUUUGGGAAGGCCAUCCCCCUCAGGACUGUCCUGGCUCCGACCUUCGUGUACACUGCAGACGCUGGUUCUGAGGAACUGUUGUUUCGGCCUCAGUGAGGUUGCCUGGAUGGGAUCUGUAUUAGACUUGAGUGCAGAUCCCUCGUAGCACUGACCCAAGGUGUUCUGUUUUGGUACUGUACCUGUCCAGUCACUGGUUCUCUCCUCUGGCCCCAUGAGGUUGUGUCGUGUCUUCUAAACUUUGUAAUAGUGCUUCUUCUUGCCGCCCAGUCACCAGACCACCAACUACGGUUACUGCCACCAGGACAUUCCCAGUUACUCCUUACCUGUGUUCUUGGAGGGGCAGGGAAGAGGUAACACUUCUGAGUGUGUGUGUGUGCUGGGAGGGGUCCCUUCCCUUUGGAUUUCAUCUCACUUUAAGUUUUUUCCUCCAUUUUAACUGAAAGACCUGUUUUUGAUCAGUAUCAGGCUGACCAGAGCCAAAUACCUUUUUUUUUUUUUUUUUUUUUUUUUUUUUUUUUUGCGGUACGCGGGCCUCUCACUGUUGUGGCCUCUCCCGUUGCGGAGCACAGGCUCCAGACAUGCAGGCUCAGCGGCCAUGGCUCACGGGCCCAGCCGUUCCGCGGCAUGUGGGAUGUUCCCGCACCGGGGCACGAACCCGCGUCCCCUGCAUCGGCGGGCGGACUCUCAACCACUGUGCCACCAGGGAAGCCCCGAGCCAAAUACUUUUGAAGACUCGCAGGGAUUAGUCUUGGUUACAGCACAUUAUCUGAGUGAGAUGGAGAAAAGAAUGGAGAAGUGGUGAUUCUGUAUUUGGAUUUGAGUUCACCUGUGGGCAGUGGGCAACGUCUUGGUGGAAGGGAAUGGAAUACUACUUUUUGCCUCACCAGAAAGUGCCCAGUGGUAAAUGUUUUCUUCUCUUUACUCCCUGCCCGUCUUUACGUUUGCAGGUGCCAAAAUACUUUCCAGUUCUCCCUUUCAUGCUGCAUGUUAACUGGUUAAUUAUACUGCAGAAACCUUUUCACCAGUACCAGUCUGAUAUAGCAUACCUAUACUUCCACAUAAGUUACACUGCUUUUGUCUGAACAUCCUUGGAGAAGUGAUUGAAAAUGACUUCCGUGUCUCAGCCCAUGACUCAGCAAGGCAGAAUGGCCACCCCUGCCAAGGUUUGCUUCCCUUUUCAACAGUGCCUCACCCUCCCUCUAAGACUGAAGUGCUUAUGCCCUUCCAAGAACUCCUCCUCCAUUUCCUUUUUGGGAUUUACCACCAUCCCCCCAUUCUCUGGUCUCCUAUUUUUGGUGGUGUUUAAGUGAAGGAAGAGAUGCUCCCUCUAAUUUCUCUCUAGCCCGUUAUAACCUGCUAUCUUGGGGCAGCUUUUGAUGUAUGACAUGUCACCCUUUCCAACUUGGUCUCUACAACACCGCUGUCUUCAUGUGGAACCCUCACCACAAUCCCAACUCUGGUCAUUUGUGCCUUUCUCUUGUCAUCUUUGUACACUACUUAUAUUCACUGUGGGUUGGGGGGAGCUAAUUUUAAGCAUGUUCAGUGGCAGCUCCCUGCCAGUUUCAGUGUCACUGUUAAAAUUUAUCCAAAAGCAACUUCACUGGGGGUUUUCUUAAGGGGUAAAGGCCUUUUACAGAAGCUAAUCCUUCCCCACAUGUGGUAGAAUGUGCUGUUCUAUAUCUACUCCUCAAUAAAGCAUGUUCUCUGCUCAA